AGCAAGUUUGGCUCACAUACAGUUUGGCCACACACUUCAAUCUUGUUGGCGAUGGAAGCGAUGACUUCCACAUUCGGCAUUAUUCGCAAUUUUGUUUGUGGCAAGGUUGGGCAGGUGCCGCCCCGCACCCUGCUUUCGCGUCGCAUGCCCCGAGCUUCCAAAACCCCUGCCGCUGCACAACCCCAACGUGUGGGGUGGAUGGUCGUUGCUCGUACCUUGUUGGGUUCUGCCGGCGCUCUGGCUUCCUUGGUCUUCUUACAGGCACCGCGACGCACCUUGCCUGUGGGCAGGGCUCUUCCUCGACGUCGUACGCCCCGAGCUUCGCAGAACUUCGCGACUUCCCGGCCACGAGGUUUGCUCUUGACGGUCUUUACCUUGUUGGCUUCUGUGAGUACCUUGGUUCCCUUGCUCAUUUUCCAGGAGCACCGCGCGAAGUUGUUGCAUGCGAUUUUGAUUGUGCGUCAGUUGCCUCCCAUGAGAGUUGCUGCUUGUUGUGGAACAUUGGCUGCAUUUGGCCUCGUCGUUGAAUUCUGGAAGUGGAUGGCUUCACGGCCCACAAAGAGGCAGACUCACACUCAAACCCGAGAUUUGGCUACUCGUAUGUUUCCUUGCAUUGAACAGAUCACCUUCGAAUCUUACCGCAAGCUGGAACCCGUUGACGCCCAGCAGCAAGAUGAACUGAUGGAAAGGUUUGGUGGAUCCGAGGCAGGGUGGAAAAACCUGGCUGUCUUCCUGUGCCACAUGCUGAAGGUGGGUCAUCCUCUUGAGAGUUUCGUGGCCAAACUGCAGGGGCACCGAACUUUUCAAGCACAUUUCGAGGGCAGUGGAGAGUCAGUUGGCUUAUCGGUGAACUCGUUGUUUCUCUGGCUGCUGGAUGUGGUCGAUGACGACGUGAAGAGGCACCUCAUCCAGUCCCACGUGAGAUACGAAGCCAUCCCUUUGACAACCGCGUGGCCGAAAGUGCGUUCUUGCAAGGAGGUUCUUUGGAGCAUGCAUGAGCGGCCGGCUCUGGUGAGCUUGAAGCUGACCAAGCAGGUGCAAGGCGUUUCCCAGCUCUUGAACCAAUUGUUUUGUACACGCUUCGAUGAGGCUCACGGAGCUCGAUUUGGAGACUCCGAGCAACAGUUUGUCCAGAUGCAGUACGAUUUGAAUUUCAAGGAGCCGGAUCGACAAUUUGCCGUGAUUGAUGCGCAUGGCGUCUUUGAUGUACGCGGUGCAGCCGCAGCGAAACAUCUACUUGUUGAAGCGUGUCAGUUCCCUUUGCUGCACAUGGGCCUAGACGACUUGGGGUUGAAGGAGGUACAGUCAUUAGUCAGCCGCGUGACAUCCAGCUCCAAGUGCAAGUGCGCUUUUGUCUUCGUGUGGGAUCCUGACUGCUCAACUGUCCGCGAGAUCUCAGCCCACCCUUUUGGCGAGAAGGUCCAACUCCUUAGCAUUCCUUCUCGAGACAUGCAGAUUGCUGGCAGAAAAGGACCGCUUCUGGCCUCAAUCAAGGAGUUUCUCUUCAAGGAGCUGGAGAAGCAUCGUUUGCCAGACAACAAAAUUUGGGAGGCGCCGCCAAGUUCCCUCUUUGGCGCGAAUGACAUGCUCCCUUUCCUUAAUGCCCAGGAGCCGGAGAUUUGGGGAUCCCUUCGCAGCAUUGCCAGGAAAUGUGCUGAUGUAUUCUGCUCUGAUGGGCAAGAACGGGCAAUUGAUUUUCCAAUGACGGAGCAAUAUGUCAAGCUUUGCAAGGUGGAGGCCGAUUUGCGUUCAUGUGAGAAGAAGAAGAACGCUCGUGGCAUUGCCAUUGAUCUGAGAAAAGAGUGGCGUGGGUUGCAAAACAGGAGGAAACAUAUUUCACCAAGCAACUUGACGCAAGAGUUUGUGAAAGUCCUCAAGGCAGAGGAUUCGGACGCAUGUCUUGAGCAGUUGUUUAAGUUCAUGCAGCAGGAAUUCAGACUGCGAGGUAAGCCAGACGUGGAUGUCUUGCUGGCAACAUCGUAUUUGCAUAAAGAAGUGGUCCAAUUCCUGUCUCAUAGCACUGCUCUGAAAGACGAGGACGCCAUUGUCGAGGCCUAUGCAAAUCUUGUGCGGAAGGGCAUGCCAUUUGAGAUCGUUGACGGCGAACACUUGCACUUCCCACAAGCAUUCCUCCGGAAACUCUUCAACUCCAGAUGUUUGAAGAAGUUCAUGCAGAAGAAGCCACUUGAAGUCUGCAGUACGAUCGGGCCUCAAAGCUCCGGCAAAUCAACCUUGAGCAAUCAUCUUUAUGGCAGCCGUUUUGGGGUGUCAGUUGCCAGGUGCACUAGAGGAAUCUUCGGCAGCUUUCAUUUUACUGAUGGCAAGGUGAUGUUGAUCCUGGACACAGAGGGGUUGCAGUCCGCAGAAAGGGCAGAUCCCAAAUUCGACAGGAUCAUGAUGCUUUUCAUUUUUGCAGUUUCCAACCGAAUCGAUAUUACCAUCAAGGGCAACAUGACCGAGCCGAUGAAGAAACUCGUGCAAGUUUGUGCACACUCAUUGCAGGAGUUGGAGAUGAACAAGGUGCCUCACCCAAGCAUUACAUGGAUCAUGAACCAGGAGUCAGACCCGAAGCCCACUCAUCAUGAGGAAGCCUUUGCCAAGAUGUUCGAUGAGCUGAAAGACGCAGUAGCAGACAGUGAAGUAGAGUCGUUGCGUGAAGUGUUGAGGCUUGAUGAGCCUUCAAUUGCUGUGGUUCCAACAAUGUCUUCUUCAGAGACCUUUGUCAGAGGCUCCAGUUGGCAGGAUUGGACCUGCUUGCGCCCAUCCGAUGAGUUUAGCAGAGUUUGUGCAAAGUUGGCUUCAGAGAAACUUGGCAAAUGGGGCCAAACAUCCUUCGCGCACGCAACCAAUUGGCUGGGGAUGGCAGAGCCGGUGUUGCUAACGAUCAUGAAAUUUCCCAGCCUUACUGAUCUAUCGGAUGUCAAGCACCUUCGUGAUAUGAAUCUGAUUGAGCAGUGGAUCGAAAGCAACAUGACUGAAAGUUUCUACACCGAAGACCGCAAAGCUGAACAUCAGCAAGCAAGGGAUUCUAUCUGGAACGAAUGUGCUAAAGGACCGCUCAGCUCCUUUCAGAACCGAGAGGAAUUGGUGAGAAAACUCAAGUCAGCCUUUCAAAAGGCAGCGGGAGGUAUAGAGGAGAAACUUGCGAACUACAUGAACAAGUAUGAGUGUGAAGAAAGACUGAGGAAAGAGAUGUCCUCGCUAUUGUCGUCGUUGUUGGGCACGGAGCAGUCAGCGUGGGUUCGGGACGCUACUCAUGCCUGGGAGCAAGUGCAAGUGAGAGAUGCUCGCUCACGAGGGGCUAAGCAGCUGAACGCCAAGAUCUGCAAUUUGCUCCGAGGAAACAGCAGUGAGACCAAAAUCAACAAUGAGAAGCAAGCAAACCAGGUCUUUGAAGAGGUGUGGGUUGAGAUCAUCAAGGACAUGGAAAGCAAAUUUGAUCGGUCAGCCUUUGAGAACAAUUGUUUGCAGGACAUUUACGAUGCGUAUCCCCGGGAGGGCAAGCCGCAUUUCGCAGAUGUGUCCUCUCGCGCACAGACUUUCACAAAGGGUCCGCCGCAACCUUUCAGGCCGUCCGAAGACCCUACUCAAGCACUGGACACCCCUGCUCCAUCGAAGCAACGCAGCUCGUACAAGUUCGUGAAGGCGGCAGAAAUGCCCAAGGGAACCAUUCUAGGUUGGACUUGGAAGGGUGGCCAAGGUGUUUCAUGGGACAUUCUGGAGAAGGAAGUGAUCAAGCUAGUCAACGAGACUUUUUCAGACCUGUUGGGUGACCAAGAGCCCCGAUUGAGCAGCAUGCGAAAGAUCCAUGAUCGUCUUGGGGAGGAUGUGGUGAAACAAGUCAACGGUGAGCUGCAGGAUUUUGGCCGCAAACUGUCUUUGAAUGGAUGUGGUGACAUUGUCAGCAUGGCAAUGAUACACACUUGGAAAAGACAGGCAGAUGCGGCUUGGGAGCAGCAUAUGCAGCCCAUUGAGGAGUUUAAGGCUGACAAAGAGAAACAGCGCAAAUACUUUUGCACGCAGGUACUCCAAAGACCCGAAGCUGAUGCACAAAUUGCACAGUUUUGGAUCGCGCAGAUUGUACAACGUUGCCGUGACCAAGCAUUGGAUUCCCUGCGUGCUUUGACGCAAAAGACUAUUUCAAAGGAAGAGCAGACAUUUACCAGGAAGAGCAUCCAGAGUCACCUGGACAACCUCUUGGUCAAAGAUCAUGUGUCAGAUCAGGAGAAGGAGAAGCAGUUCCAAUACAUAGAAAACCCAAAGGAGAUGAUUGAAGAGGAGCUUCAGAGCAGGUUUGAGGCCCGAGUCUCGCAACCACUUGCGCCUGAAGUGAAGAACAUGGCGCAAGACCUCAAGCGCAUGCUGAAUUUUCUUUUGUAUGAGCUGAAGGAAGUUCGUGACCGCCCGGACUUGCAAGCCGACAAUGCUGGCUCUCAGAAACUACUGGAUGCGAGGAACUUUGUUACAUGUGAUCCCAGUGUCACAGAGGAUUUCUGCAAGCAAGCCCUGGGCAAGUGGCUUGUUGCAUACCUGACAAAGGAACACCUUCCUUCAAAGUGGAAAAUCGUGAAUGGGCAGCUGGAGGAGUGUGAAGAAGACGAUGGAAUCAUGAUUUCUGAGGCUCUCCGACAUGAUGGAUCUCCCGUAGGUGAUGCUGUCCUCAGAAGUGCUGUGCAGGCUGUAAGCUUGGAGAGAGUGGGGAACUUGCACUUCUUUGUAAAGGCUGCUGUUGAUGUAUUGGAUUCUGAGAUGGAGCUCUUGGAGAAGUCCAUGCAGUCUGAAGUACAAGAGGUAACAAGCCGAUCGAAGAAGGAGUUCAAGUAUCACUUGAUCCCUUGCAGCGUCAGAUGCCCGUGCUGUGAGCGCCUGUGCGACAAUCCAGAUCCAAAUCACACUGUCCAUCGAACUUGCUGGCAUUUGCCUCGUGGAUUGAGAGGGAGGCAGCUUCUCUUUUCUUCGGGUCGCAAGAUUCCAUCCACUUUGAUAUGCACAGAGAUGAAGGAUGAGACACAGAUCAAGGAGCCAGAUGGGCAAGUGACCUGGAAGGAGCUCAAAGAGCGCCAUUCAGAUUGGGAUUUCUCCGUGUCGGAUGCGGUUCGGCCUGAUUUGGAAGCGAAGUCUCAGAUUGUGUGGGAGCGGCACGGCCCUCGCGUUUGCGAGCGCUUUGGCCUACAGUUCACCAAGUACGGCGAGCGGAGCCUUGUUCCACUUCCUCCCAGACACUAUUUGUUGAUUCUCGAUGGCUCGGGAUCCAUGCAUGGCGAGAGAGGUGAAAAAUGGCAGGCCUUGCAGCAUGCAGUCCGAAAAUUGAUCCCUGAGGAGGAGUGGGUCCCGUGCUUCUUCUCCAUUGUAGUGUUUUCCACCAAGGCCAAAAUAGUUGGCAGUUCCCUGACCAGCGUGGAGCUUUCAGAACUCUUGACAACGCUCAAGCCACCCUUCCAGAGCACCGAUUUCGCCGCGGCGUUCCAGAGCGGUACGGAGUGUGUUCAGAAGGAAGAACUCUACGAGUCUGAGUCUGAACUAGUGGUAGUAUUUAUGUCAGACGGUCAGGAUGGAGGUGGGUCAGACAAACGAAAGUCUGCUAUUGCAGAGUUUGCUGCGUCCUUGAGUCCAUCUCCAUGGUGGUCCUUCUAUUCAAUUGCAUUUGGUUUGGAUGCUGACAAGACCACUCUUCGUGAGAUUGCCGACUUCAUUGGCAAGUACGCGACGACCAGCAACUACAAGGAAUCUGUAGACGGAGUCGAGCUGGCCGACGCAUUUGUGGAAAUUGCUCAAUCAGUGCCAGGAACGGGAUGCAAUCAUCAGACACUCUUUGGCUAAAGCCCGCGGCUUGAAGACCACCAGCAGCCAGGCAGGCGGAAGGCCACGCCAGAGGCAGAAACCUUUGAGGUUGCAGGUUUACUGCUAGUCUCAUCAUCAAGUUGUUUCUAUUCUUGUUUGGCCGAGUGCCUAAGUUUUGUCGUCAAAGACAGUGUUUGCUGAGCGGCCGGUGUAGUACGCCGCUUGCUCGGAAUUUUGACGUCCCAUUCAAUUCAGAGAAGUGAGCCACAGAACUUCCUUCAUGUGAAGGCUGAGUGUACAGCCAAAACACAAGAUCAUGGUGAAGAA